CGUUGUGCGCCGCUCUUCUUCAUUUAGGUCAUAAUAAAAUCGUAAUCAAGUAUAUAAUCUUUAAUUUGGCACUAUUUAAUUGCCUCAUCAAAAUGAAGGAUGCGAACGUCAUCGCAUUCAUCAUAAAAUACCAGCUGUUUGCCAAAUAGUCAAAUUACAGAUACGAAUUCACUAUAAAAGGAAGUAGAAAUUAUUGUCUCUCAGUUUUAUUUCUGAUCUGGCCCGAGUUAAUUAUUGCGACCAUGCUACCUCUAAUUCUCUUGGUAGUCGGCGUCUUUGCGCAGCAGACGUUCGCUGAGGAACCCGAAGCAAUCGUCGGUGGCGAGCCUGCCUCACCGGGCGAAUUCCCGCAUCAAGUUUCCCUGAGAUUGGACGGUAGCCACGUUUGCGGCGGCUCCAUCAUCGCGCCGAACAAGAUCCUGACUGCCGCUCACUGCGUGGUAGGCAUCGCAUAUCCGCCCUACAGCAACUAUAAGGUUGCGACUGGCACCAAUAGUAUCUCCGGAGGAGAGAUUCACACUGUAAAGAGCAUUCUCGUGCAUCCGCAAUACUCCGACAAGUACGAAGACGCUUGGAAGAAUGACAUCGCCGUGAUCACGCUCGUAGAACCGAUUAAAUACAAUCAAUAUCAACAACCGAUCGCCCUGACCACCACUAAGCCUACCCCCGGACAGGCAUGUACCUUGUCUGGAUGGGGUUUGAUCAGAACAAACGGACCGCUCCCGCGUAACCUUCAAAAGAUGACCCAAGUCGUGGUCGCGCAGAACAAAUGCCAGGAUAGUCACUAUGAAAUGCCUUUGACCGGCAGCCACUUGUGCACGAUCAAUCGUUAUGGAAUUGGCGCUUGCAGUGGUGACAGCGGUGGUCCGCUUAUCAGCAAAGGUGUACAAAUCGGUGUUACUUCUUGGGUGCUUCCUUGUGCUAGGGGUGAACCUGAUGUCUACACCGAUGUCUACUAUCAUCGCAACUUUAUCCAACAAGCCUUAUACGGCUCCAUCAUCAACCAGACUAAGAUUUUGACCGCUGCUAGCUGCGUGAACUACAUUGUAGAUUCACCCUACUUAAGCAACUUUACGAUUGUGACUGGCACCAUUAAUACCACUGGAGGCGAGAUCCAUACUGUUAAAAACAUUAUCAUACAUUCAGGAUACACGGGCAAGCUGACAAAUUCUUUUCAGAAUGACAUUGCAAUAAUUACGCUCACAGACUCGAUUAAAUACAAUCAAAAUCAAAAACCAAUCACCUUGGCCAUUACUGAACCUACCCACAAACAGAAAUGUACCUUAACUAGAUGGGGUUCAAUCAAAACAAACGACGGAUCGAUUAAAUCCAUCCUUGAAAAGAUGGACGAAGAUGUGAUAGAUCGGAAAAGGGGCAACAAUUUUGAUAUACGUUUACGUAACACCCAGUUGUGCGCGUUUAAUCGAUUGCGGAAUGGCAAUUGUAUGAAAUUGUUGCUUUCACUCCCAGUUUCAUCUUUGAUCUGGCCUAAGUUUAAUUACCGAUCACCGAUCAUGCUGCCAUUUAUUUUCUUGGUAGUCGGCGUUCUUGCUCAGCAGACGUUCGCUGAGGAACCCGAAAAGAUUGUCGGUGGCACGCCCGCCGCACUAGGCGAAUUCCCGCACCAAUGUUCUCUGAGACUGAGUGGCAGUCACAUUUGCGGCUGCUCCAUCAUCGGCUCGACCAAGAUCCUGACUGCCGCUCACUGUGUGGACGGUAUGGCUCGUGCACCUUACAGCAAUUUCAAAGUUGCCACCGGUUCUAUCUCAGUCAAAGGAGGAGAGAUCCAUAAUGUGCAGAAAGUUGUUGUGCAUCCGAGAUACACUGGCAAACAACAAGAUGCUUGGAACAAUGAUGUCGCCGUAAUCACGCUCUCAAACCCGAUUCAAUUCAAUGCAAAUCAAAAACCGAUCGCCCUGACCGAUUCUCCUCCUACCGCUGGACAGAAAUGUACCUUGUCUGGAUGGGGUAAGAUUAGCACGAACGGACCACUCGCGAACAGUCUUCUGAAGAUGGAGCAGUCCGUGGUCGGGCUACCCCAAUGCCAACAAAUCCAUCGUGGUAUGCCCUUGGAUAACAGCCACCUGUGCACGCUCAAUCGUGCUGGAAUUGGCGCUUGUCAGGGUGACAGCGGUGGCCCGCUCAUCAGCAACGGCGUACAGAUCGGUAUCACUUCCUGGGUUAUGCCUUGCGCUCAGGGUUACCCUGAUGCCUACGCCAAUGUCUACCAUCUUCGCAACUUUAUUCUUUCUAACUAAGAAAAUGCGUAAAGGCAAUCUAUGGCACGUACGACAUAUAUAGGUCUACUCAAUAUACGUAUCAAGUCAACUGGUAUCAACGCGCCGCAAGAAUACGCUAUUGCGAUGUCAAUUAAAGUUAUACACAAUAUAUCGACCGCAUCUUUAAAAGAGAGUUAAAAUUUAAACACUUCUGUACUUUAAUAUUAAUAAAUAAAUGCUAUAUGAUUAAAUCUAUCAGAAA